CAUCCGUUCCUAAACUCUUUGGCAUCAAGCUUAUCGUUUCCUUUUACGAUCUCUCUUCUCUCUUUCUCCACCCAUCACCCCACCCAACAACCACGCACCACACCGCACACCACACCACACAUCCACCACACAACACACAUCACAAACUACACAUCUUUACAUCCACUUGCUCCCCCACCCAACGCACUUGGCUGGCCCUCGGCAGCACAGCCUACUUCGUCGUAUACGGGAACGACCGACCGGCUUACCCCCCUGUCGGUCGAUACAACAACACACUUGACCACCCACCCAACCAACCCCACCACCCCUCGCCCCCAUCACCACCAACCACACCACCAUCGUCCAUGGUCAUGUACCCAUCAUCUUCCACCCAGCAACCGGCAGCUAUAUGCGCCCUCAAGUCGCCCGCCGAUGCCAUCCACAUUCUCGAGGCUGUGCGCCUGGGCAUUGUCCCAAGAGUGACUCGACGCCUUACUGGCCAUGAGCGUUCGAUGAUCAGGCCUGGGACGGUCUGGGUCUGGGAAGAGGAGGAAACGAAUAUGCGCCGGUGGACCGAUGGGCGUCGCUGGGGCGCCUCGCGCGUCGGCGGUGGCGGCUUCCUCGUCUACACCGAGUCCUCGGACUCAAUGUCCCCACCUCCGUCGCGUGGCGACUCGCCCUCAUACGGUAGCCAGGGCGGGUACUAUGCCAAUGGCCGCGAUGCUUCCACAUCGACACCUCCACGGCGUCCAGAACCCUUGGUCAAGCAGACGUACUCGACAAGCAUGACCCACCCUGUCACGGCCAAGGUUAAAAAGUUCCACGUGGUGGCAUACUCGUCCAAGAGAAAUCCCCAAGGUGACGGUUCCAACUCGCUGCCCUUGCCUCACCAGCUUCCCAACCUCGCCAACAUCAAGAUCACGCCUGGCAUCUGGCCAGACUGGGAGACUCGUCGCGAUGACUACGGCUCGCGUCGUGCACCAUCCACGCCUCACAGCCAGGCGCCUCACUUGCCGCCUCACCACCCGGGACACCCCCAUGCUCAUCCCCAUGUGCAUCCUCACCACCUUGCAGCAACUGGCCCAAGCACACCAGUGACAGCAACAGCUGGCCCAAUCCCACCACCGCCCGAGCCGUAUCCUGUCCCUGUCGACCAUCGCGACAUGGCUCACUACCCGCCCCCUCCCCCUGGUGAUCGGCGUGCCUCACCCGCGGAAGCAGGUCAUCCCGCACACCACGACCGACGCGGAUACGCGCCAUACUAUGACCCGUACGACCCCCGUCCCCCGCCUCACCACUAUGAAGCGUAUCCACCUCCGCCGGACAGAUACCCUCACCCACCCGACCGCUACUACCCAUACUACCCGCCACCUCCUCCACCUCCCCCGACCGGCGACUACCGGUACGAUGACCGGUACUAUGAGCGCGGACGUGAGCGUGAACGCGUCGAACGCGAACGCGAAGACCCCGCGGCGGCUCACCGCAACCCGGCCGGCUACUACCCUCCGCACCCUUACUACCGCGACCACCAGCCGCCACCCCCUCGCGACCCCAGAGAAGGAUCGUACCCCCCGCGUCCGACUAGCUCGCACUCGGCUGCUCACCUUGGCAAGCGCUCGCCGGACAGUCGUCCUUCCGGCGGCGAGAUGCCCGAGGGCAAGCGCAUGCCGUCGUGGUCGCCGGCUGCUCACGCCGCGCCGAGAUUCCCUCCGGCCCCUCCUAGCGACCGGGGCAGCUUACCUCCAACGAGUCACGGCCGCCACCCGUCGAGUGGAUCGGUGCCUCCUAUGGACCCCCGCAACGGGCGCGAUUACCGCGACCACGACCCCCGCGAUAUGCGCGACCCCAGAGACAUUCGCGACCCUCGCGACAUGCGCGACGUCCCCCACCCUCAGUACGACGAGCGCGAGCUCUCUCGCCGCCACUCUCCCUCGCCUGCGAGAGCUGGCAUGACCGCCGGUGGUGUAGGCUCGGGUCCGCUGACCUUACCUCCCCUCCGUGAUGCCAUUGACAAGAAUGGCGAGAGAGUGAGCCCCCGUGCUGCCGAGCGCGAGGCUGCCUGGGGCCGUGUCCCCGUAUAAUGUGAAAAACAACGACGCCACCGAGUGUCUGAAUAGCUGUUUCUUAGCGUACUUGUACAAUACAUUGAGCGCUCUGACUGUCACUGUAUGACCAUAGCCAAAGCAUGCAUGCAUGGGUG